GAAAGCGGAUAGCCAGUGAACGCGGUGAACUUUCAGCCGAAGCAAGCGACGUCGCUGUAGCGUCGGUCGGAUAGCGAUCCGCAUCUAGACGCCGGUUCUCAAAUUCUACCUAUAUAUUGAAAAGACUGAUCAUUUGUACCUAAACAAACGUAAGACCGAAUAAGCGUGUAAGCUUAGUAAUCUGUCAAUGAAAAAUAAUACGGGUUUGAUGCAGUUUCGAUUUCGAGUAAAAUGAGCCAAAAUGCAGGUGGGAAUCAUCACUUUACCAUUGUCCAAACGAAAGAAGCAGGUAGAAUGGUGCUGUCUAUUGUGCCACAUCAAUGGGUGAAUGGCAAAUACCUUUCAUGGCCGGACAAAAAAGCGAACAAAUUGAUUAAAGAUCCUUCUUCCAAACCUGGAAAGACAUGGAACAAAAUGCUUUGCACGGUAAAACGUAGAUGGAUUCCAAGUUAUUUGGACGCUGAAAAAGAAACGGCUGAAAUGUCCGGUCAUACUACUGACGCAUCUGAUACCCCAUUGAUAGUGCCGUCUAAAAAAGCCAGAACAAAGGGUUUAGUUCCGAACGGAGUUAGGCAGAAGAAUGGCAGUAGCAGGGACUUUAACAACGAAUUCUUUGAAAAAGAUCCUCUUGUGUUUCCUUCGAACUCACUACGACCGAUUGCUUCGGAUCCAACAUCAACUACGGCAACACCAGUUCAAACGUUGUCAACUCAGCCGCUAUCACAUAUUGCAGAGCUGGCUUCAGACCAAGAGCUUUCAUCAGAGCCAGAACAACCACUUAUAACACAAGUAUUUACGUUGGCACCAGCUGAUAUUUUGGACGAAACCGAACAUAUUGGGGAACAUUCACCAAUUGACAUGUGUACACCAACCGUGUAUAAAACUUCUGCGAAUCAACCUCCGAAACAUGACGUUAUCGAUGUUUUCAGUGAAUCGUCGGGUGGAUUCGCUUGCAAUACUGAACAGCAAACAAAUCAGAGAGACGAAACGACGAAAGAAAUUCUUGCCAAGAUUGAUAGCGUCAAAACGGAGAUUACUGACACGGUUCUCAACGCAAUUCAAACGCUGAUGACGAAAACUAUCGCUGCAGUCAAAUGUGAUUUUGAUGCAAAAUUUGCACUAAUCCAACAACUUAAAAACACUCCCCAUGAUAAUACCACGGAUUUCAAGUUCACGCCGGUGUCAUCAGUAAACGACCUUGAAGAGCUGGAAGAUAACCUGAAUGACAACGAAUACUCCAGGAAAAUGACAAUGUUCAUGAAAAACAUAGUUGGUGUAACCGGCGAUGACUGCAAUGGCCAAAAUACCUGCUAUCAGCUUGUUGAUUAUUUUUUCAACCGAACAUUUAUGGUGGAGUGCUCAUGGAAUGGAGGCAGUCGAGAUGGAACUCCGAAAUGCGCGAUUAAAAGAUAUACUAACAUUCUGAACUUAUUUUUUGCAAUCGUUCGGAAUGCCAACCAAGGAUUUUCCCAAACAUUAUUGGAAAAGUUUUUCAAAUCAAUUUUGAAAAAUUCUAAAAAACGAAGCCAAUCAAAAGGCUUACGUCAAUCGUCGAUUCAUAAGAGGUCUAAGAAAUCUGUGGUCAACGCCUUACGAAUGGAAAAUUCAGAGGAACAAUUAAAUGAUUACGAACAGGACCAUCACGACAGCGAUGCUGAUACCGCUGAAUCGAAUUCAUUUGAUUCAAAUUCUGAAGCUGAUAAGAGGGAUGAGAGGCUGAUAUGUGAGAGUCGAUCACGUUCGUGAUUUAAUUUUGUCCAGUCUAAUCAACAUUCCAUUUUUAAACUGUUUUACUUUACGAUCAAUAUGAUCGCAGAAAGAAUACUCAUUUUGUAGUUUACGAGGCAAGUAGAAAC